AUGUUCAUCCCAGUCGUUGGGAAAGUCGCAGAUGUAGUGGGCGGAAUUGGGCCAGUGUUGGUUACUGGGCUGCUUGGGGCGGAUUGGUUCCCCAUGCUCACUCCAGAAGCUGUAGUUGAUGAAGUAAUCAAGGAAGCUGUAAUACUUUCGGUGGCUCCAGUUGUAGGAUUAGCAAGACUGCCACUGCUAGUAAUGCCUGAGUUUCGUGAUGUUGUGGUUAGUGAUACAUUCGUGAAAGUAAAGCUUCCACUCGUGGGAAUGCUGCUUAGUGACAUAUUACUUAGAGAUGUUGGUUGGGCAGCGCUGUUCGAAAAUGUGGUAACCGAUUCUGAACCAGUGCUUGAAGUCUCCCUUAUGGCAGUGCUACCUAGGUUGGAGCCCGACAAGUUGUUGGUAGAAGCUGUGAAUGACACUGAAGACCCUAUUAAGCCUCCACUUGAGCUGGCGAAUCUCGUUGAGAGGCUAACCCCAGGUACGGAGGUAAGAGACGUGCUAGGCAAUAUCGCAGUGGACUCUGGUCCAGAACCAGAGCCCCCACUUACUGAAUUUAUACUCGUAGGCAGCAAGCUCGUGACUUCAGAAGUAACAGAUAUAUUGGGAGACCUGGGAGACGUCUCCGACAGUAUGCUCGAAAUUCCGGUUGGCGACAUCGUCGAGCCGGAAAUCCCCGGGAGACUCGGAACAGUUUCCGCUGUCGUCAUAUUUGAAGUGACGCUAGAAGCAUAUAUAAAUGUAGACGUGACUUUACUAUUCGUGGUCGUAUUCCCCAGAGAGUUGGAAUUGGAUGACGAGCUUGUGAAAAGGUGCGGGGCCGAAGUUUCCAACGUUGACAACAAAGUGCCGGUAGAGAUCUGUGAUGCUAAGGUCGUUGGACUUAAUGGUGGUGGUGAUUCUGCGGCCGAGGAUAUGCUUGCGCCGUUCUGUGAGGAUAUUGAGCUCGAGGGUCCCGACACCUGUGAGCUAAGAGAGCUAAAUUGCAUGAACGAAAUGCUCGUUCCGGGCCCUAAGGAACCUGGGACACUGCCAGUGACUGGUCCGUUUGCAGCCGAGGUCACAAUACUUUCCGUGGGAAAGAUAGUUCUUGUCAAUGUCACGCCUGACACGGUAAUCAUCGUAGUAGAUUCGGAUGCUAAACCAGUCGUAGGAACAGUAGCCUAG